ACAUACAUACACAUAUAUAUAUAUAUCGCAGCAUCCACAAUAGAAUUCGAUCCCCGCCUUAAAAACUUCAUCGUACUGCUUCUGCUUACAAGAGAACUCUUUCUCAAAUCUCACCCUUACUGUAUUCACGUUAACUUGCUAAUUGUCGUACAACACGUAGGUCCUUCAGAUCGAAGCGUGAUACGUAAUCAAAAUCGAGAAGAAUGCAUUACCAGGAGGCGGCGGCCGAGUCGUGGGGCUACUAUGCAGCUGCACCACCGGCGGCGGGGGUGAGGCACGGCAUCAGCAUGGGAGGAGCGGACCCGUUGGAGAGGGUGGUGAGGCUGGCAUCGGGGAGUGCGGUGGUGAUAUUCAGCAUGAGCACUUGCUGCAUGUGCCAUGCAGUCAAGAGGCUGUUUUGCGGGAUGGGAGUGAACCCGACUGUUUACGAGCUGGAUCAAGACCCCAGGGGCAAAGAAAUCGAGAGGGCUCUCAUCAGGCUCCUUGGGAACUCGCCGCCUGUUCCGGUGGUGUUCAUCGGAGGGAAGCUCGUGGGUGCCAUGGACAGGGUCAUGGCUUCCCAUAUCAAUGGGACAUUGGUCCCCCUCCUCAAAGAAGCCGGAGCUCUUUGGCUUUAAAAAAAAAAAUUUAUAUAUAUAUAUGUAUGCAUAUAUAAUUAAUCAAUACUGCUAGUAUUUACGUCUCUCAUCUUCAUCUACUGCUAACUAGCAAGUAUUAAUUGAUGAAUUUCUAUCCCAUACACAUGCACGGUUUAACAAGGAACGGGGCAGAGCAGGGAGAGGACUACAAAUUGGUUUGCGCUUUUAUUUUGUUAUAGGCCAAUUGGAUUCCUCCAUUUUGAACCCAUCUGCCCAGCGGGUUUCCUUUUUUUUUUUCCCCAAGACUAAUUCUCCAUCGAGUUUAUGCUCACCUGUUUUUUAGCAAGUAAAUGUACUCGACUCCUCCAUUGUAUAGAGUUUAAGAGUUCAAUGAAACCAUCGAUCUCCUUUUC